GAGCCAAAAAAGAAUGGAAGAAAAACACUACAAGAUAGAGAGCUGCAACCAGAGCAGUGAAUUUCAAGUAUCCACGCAUCUUCUUUUACCAUAAAACACACACCUUUCCCAGCUUUUAAUUAUUUAUCCCUUUUGUUUUUUUAUUAAACAAUCAUGUGUUGCUUCUUGUAUCCUCAACCCCAGUUCUGAGAUCCUCACACACACUAGGACUCACGGCCAUGGAGUUCGAUCUUGAAAACCCGUUGACUAAUUUCCACGAACCCAACUCCGACACGAUCGCUUCUCUCUUCCUUAUUGAAUGUGAUCACAUGCCAUUAGAAAACUACUUUCAGAGUCUCCAAACCAACGGUUUUGAUAUAUCUGUUCGACAUGAAAUCAUUUCUGAAAUUUCCAAGUUCUGUUGCAGGUUCGAUCCGCUCUUAUCGUACCUUGCCGUUAAUUAUCUUGAUCGGUUCUUGUCUAGCCAAGGGAUGCUGCAACCAAAGCCAUGGAUCCUAAGUCUUCUUGCAAUCUCCUGCAUUUCUCUAGCUGCCAAGAUGAUGAAAGCAGAGGUUUCCCUCGUUGAUUUUCAGGGUGAUGGAGGUUUUAUUUUUGACCCACAAACAAUAGAGAGAAUGGAGAUCCUCAUCUUGGGAGCUCUAAAAUGGCGAAUGCGUUCAAUCACACCCUUUUCUUUCAUUUCUUAUUACAUAUCUCUGUUCCAACUUCAAGACCCACCAUUGUGGCAGUCUCUCAAAGCUCGAGCUACUGAAAUCAUAUUCAAAUCUCAAAAUGAUAUCAAGCUUUUGGAGUUGAAGCCUUCUAUUAUUGCUGCAUCAGCGCUUCUUUACGCUGCUCAUGAAUUAUUACCCUUGCAAUAUCCGUUCUUCAGAAAAGCAAUAUUUUGUUCUUCAUAUGUAAAUAAAGAAAACUUGUUGCAAUGCUACAAUGCAAUGCAGGACAUAGUGAUGGAUGGGUACGACUCAGUGUUCGAUCUGGCAUCGAGCUCAAUCACACCGGUCAGUGUGUUAGAGCAGCAGUUUUCAAGCUCCGAAUAUGGAGAAACCAAUGGCACAACUCCAACCACUACCAUUAGAUCAGCAGGGAUGAGGGACGUCAAGAGGAGGAAAAUCAUUAAUUACUGUGACAAUCUCACGGUCCAGAUUUCUCGGAUUCAACAAUGCUGAGGAAAGCCUGAUUCCAGAGUUUAUUCACUGUUCCUGUACUUUACCUGCUUCGAGUAACAAACAGAAAGUGAGAAAGAAAAAGGGGGACAAAAUCACUGCUGUAUUAUCUCUGCAUGGCCCAUUUCUUUGCAUAAAACAGAUUGACGAGGAAGGAAGGAAAGAAAGAAGAAAGAACAGAAUUUUUGUUUCAAUUUGUUUUUCUUGGGACCAAACAAAAGACAAAAACACAACUUUGAAUUGUAUGGUUGAAUUUUUAGUAUCUCAUGUUUUGGCUUUAGUGUGGUUGUGUUUGUUUCUGGAAAAGGAAUAAUAAUAUUAUCGACAGCAAAAAAAUAUUUUCCUUCGACAAACGAAUU